AAAGUAAGUUUUAGUUAAGCACGUAAACAGAGGCAUAUACUAAUUUUCGUCGCCUUAACAAGGCAAGCCCAGCAUUGAUUGAUGGUUAGCUCGGUCUCUCUUGCGCACCCAAACAACCCCUAAGAUAACCUUCUUCGCUUCUCUUCACUGCCGGAUCUUGUUUUGUUUCAUUCACUUCACAAGAUUGGAAGAGAAAUAAUGGCUGUUACGGCGGUUCACCAAUUCGCGCAAUGCAUCACUUGCCACGCCUGGAGCGCUGAUCAAUCUAUGGUUGCUUUAUGUCCAAACAAUAAUGAAGUGCACAUCUAUAGGUUGGUUGAAGACAAAUGGGAAAAGGUGUAUGUUCUUCAAAAGCAUGACCAGGUAAUUUCUUCGAUGGACUGGAGUGCAAGAUCAAAUAGAAUAGUUACUGCAUCUCAUGAUCGAAAUUCGUGCAAACCAUGUGUUCUUUGUAGAUAUGUUUGGAACCUUGAAGCAUCAGAAUGGGUGCCAACUCUUGUUAUCCUUAGACUAAACCGUGCUGCUCUUUGUGUUCAGUGGAGUCCGAAAGAAAACAAAUUUGCAGUGGGAAGUGGAGCCAAAACUACUUGUAUAUGCUACUAUGAACAGGAUAACAACUGGUGGGUCAGCAAACUCAUCAGGAAAAAACACAAUUCUUCAGUGACAAGUGUUUCUUGGCAUCCAGAUAAUGUUCUUCUUGCGACAACAUCCACAGAUGGAAAAUGUCGAGUAUUCUCCACAUUUAUUAAAGGCGUUGAUGCAAAGGAUUCAAAAAAAGGUACUUCACCGGAUACAAAAUUUGGAGAGCUGAUUGUUCAGCUUGAUCUCUCUUCAUCUUGGACAUUUGGAGUCAAGUGGUCGCCAAGUGGCAAUACUCUAGCAUAUGUAGGUCACAAUUCUAUGAUAUAUUUUGUUGAUGAUGUUGGUCCUUCUCCUUUGGCCCAAAAUGUUGUGUUCCGUGAUUUGCCCCUCCGUGAUGUACUCUUUGUUUCUGAGAGAAAAGUGAUCGGUGUAGGAUUCGAUUGCAAUCCAAUGGUUUUUGCGGCAGAUGAAAGGGGAAUUUGGAGUUUUGUCAGAUAUCUGGGAGAACGGAAAGCAGUAUCUUCUGGAUCAAGAUAUGGUUCACAGUUCUCUGAGGCAUUUGUGAAGUUUUAUGGCCAAUCAAAGCAAGGAUUGAACAAUGAUGCUGUUGAAACUUCAAGAACUCGUGGAACUGUUCAUGAGAACUGUAUAAAUUGUAUUCUGCCACUUGGGGAACAUGGCAAAAUGAUAAGGCGUUUCAGCACAUCAGGAUUGGAUGGAAGAAUUGCCGUAUGGGAUUUGGAAAAUGAACAAGACCUGUUUGAAUGAUAAGCUCAUGAGUAAGUUGUCACAUCUUCAUGGCAAGCGUUAUACCUUGUAUAUUAAUUUGCGUUUGAGGGAUUCAACUUAUCUCUAAUCAUUAUACCCAUAAUAUGUUUUACAAUAUAUUGACUGUUGCUUUUAAAUAUAUUCAUGCAAAGGAAUAUCAGUUUCAUCGUUCAA